UGCAGCUAGAAGUUUAUGAAACUUGAUGGCGGUUAUGCACCAAUUCGUAACUCGCGAAUAGAAGAAGAAGAAGACGAAGAAGAAGAAGAAGAAGAAGAAGAAGAGACGUUAUCCGGGGCUGUGCUUAGUAGCCAUGCUAAUUACCUAGCGAGCCAUUUUUUUAAAUUGAAGUAUAGAUUUAGUGUGGAACUUAACGUCAGACAGAAGGGACCCCGUUACAGCGGUGGAUGUCACCUUAUGGUGACACCAUGCUCCUGGAGCCCACACCAGCUGAAGAGCGACGUGUUUGACCAACAAGCUGCCGUCAUGGGAACGACGAUGAGUGAGCCGUGUAUCUACGACAAGCUGUCCGAGAGCAUCGACAUCCUCCGACAGUCCGGCUACCGCUAUGGCAUGUCGGAGAGGGAGAUCGAGAAGUUCAUCAAGCAGGUGCUGGAGACCAACGAGCCCAGGAGAGAGCCUCCACAGUUCCCACUCCUCAGGGCCACCAUAAAGUUUGUGGUGGCGGUUGGCUUCCUGUUGUUGGCGGUGCUGGCCUUCACGUACCCUCAGAGCGCCCCUCAGCUGGGUCUGGUCAACCUGGGCUGUUACAACUGGUCGUCCCCUCUCAGCCACGUCCGCCUGCUGUCACUGCCCAUCGCCAAGAAGUACAACCUACAAGGUUUCCAUGAAUGGUGGAGUGCCGGCUCUCUCAGGCAGAACCUGGUCAACUGUUCGGGAUGUGCAGAGAUCUCUUCGGUGCUAGAAGUCCCCGAGAGCCUCAGAGGGACCGUGACUCUGCGACGGGGCCCACAGCUCGUCCUGCUGAAGGGUGGAGAGUCCCUCAGCGUGCAGCGGCAGCAGCUUGAGGAGCUUUACCUGGCACAUUCAGGCUCCAUGUCCAUCCUGCUGGAGGAGGACGACGGUCUGCAGAACCACAACCUCGGACUCCCACAAGGACCCGCCAACUUCACUCUGCUCUGGAGGUUCAGCUCAGGGACCAGGGAGAAGGUGUUGCGGUGGCUCUUCCCGAAGGCUGAGCUCUGCCCCCUGCUGGACAGUGCUGGGACCAUUGUGCAGCGCUGCCUCGUCACUCACAGCACAAACUCCCAGAGCAAGGGUGUCGGGGUGUUUGGCUGGCUGGUGGUGGGCGAGGGUCUGCCAACAGUGCGAGUUCUGCCCGUCCAACGUUGUCAGAAACACUGCAGCUCCUUCAACCUGUGGCUGACACCUGGAGACAUGGUGUACGCUGACCCUCGGUACUGGCAGAUGGAGCUGUUCCCGGGCCGAGGCCAGAACAUCAUCUGUGACGGAUCGGCCUUCUAACCCUCAGCAAAGGAGUUCAGGACUGUGACAUGCAGAGCGGCUGUGAAUGUUUGACUUCCCUUUUGAGGCGUUUUUCAGAGCUCGUUGGCCUUUCUGUGGUCCCGUCCACUGAUGCCUUAAACCCUCGGAUCUUUGUUCUGACGCCGCACUGGUUUGAUACUCCUCUCAGUGUCCUCAGAGAACUGGAAACCACUGCACACAUGACUUCAGGGGUCGAGGUCAGAGGAUUGAUAAAUGACUUUUCGACAUGUUGUAAAACAGCAUCAUCAGUCUCUAAACUCUCUGCAGCUCUCAGAUGUGCUGGAUGUGCUCGUGCCAUAGCUUCAGGCAGAUCUCUAGCUAUUAAAAAUAAUCUCGCUUGAAUUCGUUGGGUGUGUUUCUCUUUCAGAAGGUAGUGAAACACUGUUGAUUAUCCUGGUGCCAGAUCACUGAUCCAUGGUGAAUGAUGCCUGUAUUCCUCUGUUAGCAGUCAGUCGGAGCUUCGUAGGUUGGAUAAAGAAUCGGGUCUUUACUAUGGAUGAAACGUUUGUAGGUGUACAGGUUGAUAGAAAUAAGUCUUAAAUCGCCACAAUUCUUAAAUCAGCUUUAAGUAAACUGCUCUGACAAACUGCAGCUUCUGUGUCUGAUGGAGACGAUGUUGACUGGAUCAAUCGGCCACUCCGAAUUCUUUGGAACAAAAACCCCCCAAAACAGAACAAAGCUAACAUUAACAUGAUAUCAGACAGAGUAAAGUGGACAUUCAGUCAGAUUAUCAGGGCACCUGCAGGUCUUGAUGUUAUGAUUCAAGGUUCAUUCUCAUCUUGCAUUCAUUCAACUUGUAACCAAUUCUUUCUGCACUGCAUUCUGGGAGCCUUUUAGGGAUUUAAAUCAUUUUGGUGUUGGUUCUUGCUGUGGAUGUUCACUACCUCCUGAAGGUGUGAGACACGCCUGCAGCUUCACCUUCUGCUCCUCAUCUGCUUUUUUUCUUGACAUUAAAGGGCCAGUUCAACCAAUUUACACAAAUAACAGCUUGUCUGAGGUUGUAUCUAUAAAGAGAAUGAAUUGCGAACAAUGUUUUGAUAAUCACUUCAUCCCCUCAGCCAUUUUCAAGCAAAAACAUUUAACAUUUCCUGGUGUCAGCUUCGUUAAAUGUGAGGUAUAAUUUAGAGACGUCACUUUGAGCUCUUGGAAGUUAUGCAGAGAAUUUUUUACAGUUUCUUUUGGUAUUUUAAAGACUAAAUGAUGUAUCAUGAAAAUCAUUGGCAGAUAAGUUAUAUGGCAAAUAACUGUUAGUUGCAGCCUUGAUCUAGAACCUACUAUUGACAGUUCUCAUCAGGACAUACGUUUUUAUGAUGUACACUGUGAUUUAAACUUUCAUUAUUUUCUGUAAAUUUAUCUCCAGGACUCAAGUUCUCUGCUAAUGCUGAGAAAGCACAAUGUAUUUUUGGCUUUAACUUGACUUGGGUACAGUUUGAUGUUUGGAGAUUAAACCUUGAGUAAAUGUUUUGUAGCUUGUUCCAACAAAAAAAAUAUCUAAAUUAUGUUGAAAUUGAAACUCUCACGACUUAAAAACUGCAAUCUUGGAAACGUUUUUCAACGGGUGAAUUUAAAAAAGUUUGUAAAACAUGAGCAAAUCUCAAAUCCUCAACUCAUAAACCUAAAAGUAUCCGAUUGGAGAGAUCAUACUUGGGAAGGAGAAGAGAAAAUGUAUUUUUGUAAUUUGGUGAACUGGCCCUUUAACACUUAAAUCUUUUACUUCUCUGACCUAACACACAUCCUUCAUGUCGUUCAUCAGGAUCAGAUUUACUUUUUAAUUGUGAUUUUACUCAUUUAAACAGACAAAGCUGCUUCUCUAACUUCAGUGUUGUUAUUUAUUAUGAUUGUAUGUAUAUAUACGUUCAAGCCAUUAAUUUUAAUAAUAAUGUGUUGUAAUGUUAUUAUUAUGCUUUGAUCAGUACACAGGUGAACAUCACAGUGGAGGAGAUACGUUGUGUGUAAUCAGGGUUUCAGUGGGUCGUUAAAAUGUUAAAUCAGUUUGCCAAAGUAGAUGCCGGUUGAAUCUCAGUGUUUAACAGACGCUCUGCCUCCCAAACACUGUCAACAGUUGGGAGCGCUAGACUAGAACGAGGGAGUGAAUCUUUUAAAAACGUUCGCUUUGCAUAGAAAUGUCAGUUUUAUGAGACAAUAAAGCUUGUCAUGUUAAAUGCUUC